AGCAAACAUGGUACUUCGAGAAAUUGGAACGUUUUAAAAUUGGAAGCAAAAUAUCGAAAUUUUCGUCGUUUUUCUCACUCUGAAACCAAAUCAAGAUAUUUAUCGAAAAGAUGGCCAAGCUUGUGAGGGUCUGUCGCAACAACGAGGAGGAAAGCGACUUGGAAAACUACCAAAUUCCCCUUGUUAUCGACGAGGAUUUGAAAAUGAUCAUGGAAAUUCCUCCUAAGGAAAUGCUCUCGAUGGAUGAACUUUGGGAUUUUGGAAGUUUUGAUGAUUUUAUGAGGCGUUAUAAAAAGAUGAAUGUUGAUGAACUGGCUGUAUCAUUUAUGGUGACUCAUAAUGAAGUCUUAUCAUUUCUUUCUCAAACUGUUCCAUGUGUCGGUUGUCGGCAAAGUGUUGAAAAGUUGUACAAUCACAUCAUGAAGACGAGCCAACCUGCUCUGGAACCACUUCAUAUAAUGCAGUCUGGAGUACUUACAAUAGAUCCAUCAAUAUUGAAAAAUCCAUUGUUGCUCCAUACUUUUCUUUAUUGUCGUGGUUCAAAACUAAACGAAAUCCUUGAAAGUAUUCCCAAGUGCAGGAGAAACAGGCGAUGCCUUCUUCACUCACUGGAAACUCAUAAAUCUAGAACACCAAUUGGAUGUUGGGUUGAUGUGUGGGAAGCUUUAUCUCAGAAAUGUCAAGACGAGGUAUUGACCAUCAACUCUAAUACACUUUUGGAUGCGUUAGAGAAUCACCUCAGGAAAAACAGGUUUUGUACAGAGUGCAAGCGUAAGGUGUUGAAGGCUUUUGGCAUUUUGACGGGAGACAUAGAGGCCGAAAAAGUAAAAGGCUAUUGUCCAAGUUUAUACGAAGGAUUAAAGCCAUGUCCGCUUCAUAAGCACGUUCAUGUUCCUUGCGAUGUUGAAUUUUUGACGGUUCUUUUAGAAAAAGCAGAACACGAGUUGUCAGGGAUGAGGCGAGAAAGACACGCAAAAUCUAUGGACACCGCCCAAGAAGAGGUGCUGACUUGCCUUGCUGUUUUUAUGUGGGAGAGACUCCAUCAUUUGUGGCAGAAAUUACGUACCGAGGAGCAAAGUUGGCAAAUGUUGUAUUAUCUUGGAAUAAACACUCUCAGAAGGAGCUUUGAGGUUUCCGUGGAAGAAAAACAAGGCAUGUCAAGAUUUGAGCAGGUCGUUGAAGAAAUUUUUGAAGAAGAAAAGGAAAAAGAGGUGAAACGCGUCCAGAAGCGUCAAAAGAAACGAGCUCGACGAAAAGAGAAAUGCAAAUUUGGCCAUCUUGCUUCGAGCGAGACCUCUGAAGAGUGCAAGGAGAACAAGGAAAAUGGAAUGGCCUGCGAGUUGAAAAAUGGUGUCGAGGAAGAGGGGGAAAGUUGUAAGGUCGGGGAGUCGUGUGAAGGGGGUGAGAACGAACUGUCCUCUGUUCACGAACAUUGCAAUUGUAGUGACUCUGGAAUUUCGAAUGGAGAAAAUUCCGAGCACACAAAUUAUAGCUCUGAAAAGUGGCCAAAGAAGGCCAAGUGUGAUGGAGAUGCAGCUUUUGGCAACGAAAGUUGUCAUCCCAAAUCCAGAUGCCACGAGGAAAGACAGGAGGGGGACAAACCUUGUUCUGAGCAGGAGAGCGGGGAGUCGAGCCCUCGGCUCGAGCAUGGUUGUGGUGAGGUAGGGUCGUGCACCGACCUUAAGGAUGAGUCCUCCAACGGGGACCCUAAUAGCUGUAAUCACGACGAGAACGUGGAAGUGUGUUGCCAAAAUGGCUGCCAAAGUGAUUCAAAUUCCGAUGUCGAGGAUAGACACCAUAAUUUACCAGUUGAUGACGAAGAAAAACAAUUGCUUCUUUCCAUGGGGUGGAAUUCGGCUGAACCCUGUCAGGACGACAGCCGUGUUGAAACAGACCACGAAAUCUCUAUAGAAGAAAUCUUGCAUUUUAAGGCCAACCAGAAGCAACUCAUCAACCAAAGACAGAAGUUACGCGAGAAGUUAAGAGAGCAGUUUAACAGCUUAAGCGUUACCGCGCAUGCGUCACGCUAAGUUUCGUUACGUUGGGACAGUGUCACGUGACUUUCAGACCAUGUCGCGUGCAAUGCAUAAUUAUAGAGUUGACGAAUUGAUCGGUGUGUUUGUUUCUCGUUAAUCUGUUCACUAUUGAUAUUUUAACCGCAUGCUCGUGUUUGAAUAAAUAACCU